CAUGCUCGGGUACUGAUCUGUGAGUGCUUGAACUGGGUGGAAGUCUGAAGUGAGAAAGGACAGUGAGGCCUCCCCUCACCGGUACCCGCCGUCGUCCUGACCUUUCCUGCCCCCUCACUGACACUUUGGCACCGGGCUCACUGUCUUCCUGCUCCUGGCCUGAUUUCAGAGAGGCCCCCGUCCCUCUGUCUGUAGCCAGUUGCUGCCUGCCUCGGUACUUUCUCCUGCUUCUUGAUACACCAUCCUGACCAUCGCUUCUGGGGAAAACGGGCUACCUCGGAGGCUCCCCCUCCUCUGUCCGCCCUUUGAGCAGCGGUGUUUCUCUGAGUUCCUCCCUUAGCCCUCCGCUCCUCGCUGCCCGCUCUCCUUGUAGUUUCAGCCAUGGUGGCCCAUGUCUGAGCUUAUCGCAGCCGCUCAGCGUUCUGCUCAUUUCCUGGUCUCUAGCCCUAACCUUGACCUCACUCCUGAGUUUCACGGGUUUCUGCCUGCAUGUCUCCCAGUUACCAUAAAUCAACAAAGCAAGUCCCAAGUGGGUUUCCUCUUUCCUUCUGCUCUGGUUGUCCCAAGUACCCAAGCGUAGCGAAUUUUCCCAUCUUGCACAGUCACCCACACCAGGGACCUCGGUGUCCUCUCUGACUCCUCAUCACAGUCCACGCCUAAUGCACUGCCAUAUCCUGCUAACAGUCUCUCUUACACCCGCCUGAAUCUCUCCUGUUUGCUCUGCCGCAGUGGCUUGCCGUGUGUGGCUUGCCGUGUGUGGCUUGCCGCUGUCAUCUCUCCCUGAAUAGUGAUGGUAGCUCCCCAGCUGGUGUCCCUGCCCUGGGCCUGGUUCCUCCUGUCCUGAGCAGCCAGAGGGAGCGUCCUAAGGCACAGAGCUGACCGUGUGGCUCUCCUCAAGCAGGCUAGGCACUUGUCAUCUGUGGGAGUAGUCCGGGCAACUUCAGGGGGCCAGAAGGGCUCUCCGUGUUCAGACCCUGCUCACCUCUCCACAUUGUAUCCCAGUUUACAUUUCUCUGAUAGAGUUUGUAGGUACCUAGAAAUGUCCGCGUUUUCACCUAAGCAGUUCUUUGCCUAAAUUCCCUUUCCAGUUUACUUUAUCUCGCCACCUCCCUCUCAUCUUUCAUGGCUGAGCUCAGUUGCUGCCUUUUCUAGGAACAUCUUUUGAAUCCUCUAGUUGAGUGAGAUCAGUGUCCCUUCUGGGCUUCCGUGGCCUCUGGGAUUCUGUGGCACCCUCUAUCCUGCAUUCACAGCAUUAUUUUGACGUUAUUUAUUUAACAAAUGUUCAAACGUUGCUUACUCUAUACCUGGCACUGUUCUAAGUGUUUUACAAAUAUUUAAUCCUAACAGUAGGCCUUUGAGAUAAGGCUAAUAUUGUCUCCAACUUUUGGUAACAAAACUAGGCACAACAUUACAGAGCUCAUAAGUGACGGGGCGAGAUUUGAACCAAGGCCGUGUAGCUCUGGGGUCUGUGUGCCUCUCGUGUUUGUGGCCAGCCCUCCCCCACUAGGUAGCCGGUUACUUGACAGCUCCAGUAAUGGGCCUCGUACCUGCGUACCUGUAUGUUGACUUAUGAGUCCACAGCACAGAUAGGUCAGAGACAAUCGAGCUUUCCCUGUGAAACAGCUGGUAGGGCUUGUCCUGAAUGCUGUCUUCAUCACCUAGUCAUCCUGGUCCUCUUGGAGCACAGAGCAGCGCCCAACCCCCUCACUGUCUUCCGAGCACUCAGGCCCAAGCCGGAGAACAGCCCCUUCUGCUCGCAGUGCAGCCAGACUGAAUCUGUCGGGGUAGGCGUGGAGGCAGAAGGCCGUGGCUCGCUGUAGCAGGGAGAGCCCGCUGCGAAGAAGGCCCGCUCGAAUCCUCAGGUCUACAUGGACAUCAAGAUCGGGAACAAGCCAGCCGGCCGCCUCCAGAUGCUCCUGCGUUCGGACGUCGUUCCCAUGACGGCAGGCCUGCUCUCCAUGGCCAACUCCGGCCCGAACACCAAUGGCUCCCAGUUCUUCCUGACGUGUGACAAGACGGAUUGGCUGGAUGGCAAGCACGUGGUGUUCGGGGAGGUCGCAGACGGCCUGGACGUCUUGCGGCAGAUUGAGGCCCAGGGCAGCAAGGAUGGGAAGCCAAAGCAGAAGGUGAUCAUCGCCGACUGUGGGGAGUACGUCAGGUCCCGUGUGCUGAGGCUGGUCACCAGAAACCAUCAGUCAUCAGAGACAACGUCCAAGGCUGCCGCCUGCUGCUCUGUUGCCUGCCAGAGGCUCUAGAUCAAGGUGGUGACCCAAGCCUUGGUGGUGAGAUGCCAGGUCCCGAUGCCAUCUGCUGGGUGACCGUGCAGGUCCAGAUGCUUGCUCAAGGCUUCGUGGUAAGAAGAGAAACCCAGGAAAGCUCCCCCUUCAGCUUCUCAGAGGCUGUAGGUAGGACUCUGGACUUUGGGAGGAAACAGCGACACAACACAGCCCUGUCCUCCGUCCUCAGAGGCCCAGCCCCCCUGGGUCACCAAGUCACGGAAAAGCGCAGCUUUAAAGUAGACACAGCAGCCCCUCCUGGACAUGUUCUGGGAGGCGAGGGUUUUAACAGGAAGGCUAACAGGGGAGGCCCAGAUAUGCAAAUUCAUUGAACGUAGGACCACUAGUAGAUUCACCGAGUCGUGCACACACGGUGCCGACUGCUUUGUGGACACACCGGAUCCCCACCAUGGCCCUGCACGGGCAGAACUGAUCAUUCAGAGGAAAAACCUCUCACUUAGAGGUGACAUAAUUUGGUCAAAUUAACCAGGGGCAGAGCCUGGAUUCUAUGCGACGUCUACUGGCUCUAAAACCCACUGUAUCCUAUUCACAGCCUCCUUUCCUGUGAAACUGCAGGCCUUUUCCCUACAUAGAGACACAAAAGAACGGGGCUUUGCCUGGUGAACGACACCCGGGCCAGUGCCGGGCUCUGACUGUGGAGGCGUGCUGGCCAUGAGGCACACAGAGCAGUUCUCCCCACACCACUGGCCCCAGAUGUGGCUGUUUCCGGGCGGCCUCCCUUCCUGGCAGCACUUACUUGGCUGUCAGUGGGCCUGAGCUGACCACCCUGAUGUAUGCUUCUAAUGUGCUGCCUUCAACCUAACCUGGGCCAUUGGGCAACCAUAUAAUAAAUCAGAUGACUGUC